UUCAAUGAAACCACAGUUUCAAACACUCAUGUUUUCUUAUAAAAGACAAGCAGCUCAUUGAAUCCCACCAUCACAAUCAAAAUCAAAAUCAAAAUCACAAGCUACACUAUGGUACACCUCAAAAGUCUUUUCACACUUCUUUUCUUCUUCAUAAUAACUACGUCGCUAGCCGUAACGUUUGCCGGUAAAAUACCAGCGGUCAUCGUGUUCGGCGACUCAACCGUUGAUGCGGGUAACAACAACUAUAUCCCAACGGUCGCGAGAAGCAACUUUGAGCCAUAUGGACGGGACUUUGAUGGUGGGAAACCCACUGGGAGGUUUUGUAACGGAAAGAUUGCGACGGAUUUUAUGUCGGAAGCCAUAGGGCUCAAACCAACAAUUCCGGCAUACUUGGAUCCUUCUUACAACAUUUCAGAUUUUGCAACAGGUGUCACUUUUGCUUCUGCUGCCACCGGCUACGACAACGCUACUUCUGAUGUGCUGUCGGUUCUACCACUGUGGAAACAACUUGAGUACUACAAAGAAUACCAAACAAAACUAGAAGCAUACCAAGGAAAAGACCGAGCCACAGAAACCAUAACCAAUUCUCUCUACCUCAUAAGCAUAGGGACCAACGACUUCCUGGAGAACUACUUCGCCUUUCCGGGACGUUCUUCUCAAUACUCGGUCGAUCUUUACCAAGAUUUUCUAGCUGGAAUCGCCAAAGACUUUGUGACGAAGCUGCACGGACUUGGCGCUAGGAAGAUUUCACUAGGUGGAUUGCCUCCAAUGGGAUGCAUGCCUUUAGAGAGAGCCACCAACAUUGGCACGGGAGGUGAGUGCGUUGGACGCUUUAACGACAUUGCGGUCCAGUUCAACGGCAAGCUUGAGAGGCUUGUUGAGAAGCUGAGCAAAGAGCUUUCAGGUUCCGUCCUCGUUUUCUCAAAUCCCUAUGAACCAUUUAUGCGAAUCAUCAAGAACCCUUCCUCUUUUGGGUUCGAGGUGGCCGCAGCGGCUUGCUGUGCGACGGGGAUGUUCGAGAUGGGAUAUAGUUGCCAAAGGAAUAAUCCAUUCACAUGUUCAAACGCAGACAAGUAUGUGUUUUGGGACUCAUUUCAUCCAACACAGAAGACUCAUCGCAUCAUGGCCAAUUUUCUCAUGAACGACACAUUCUCUCACUUCCUGUAAUGAUUUAUAUGUGUGUGUGUGUCUAGGGAACGGAGGAUGGAGAAGAGAGUAAUAUUAUUAUUAGGGUGUGGUGUCUACAGGGCUUGUUUCCCAUAUUUUUGAUCCAAUAAAUUAUGCACUUUGUAUGUAUUAAAUUAGACUUUGCUUUUGUGUUAAAUAGCGUAACCUAUGUUUCUUUCUGUAUUAUGGUGUGCCUAUAUAGCUUAUUUUAGUAGACAAAAAAAGAGCUCAUGUGUUUUUGUUUAA